GUGGGGAUUUCCUUUUACUUUGUACUAAGGAAAUCUUAACUAUUUAAUUUUUUUUUUUAUAUAUUUUUUUUUUAAUAAAAAAAUGGAACAAUUGAAUUCUAAUAUGCAUUCUCAAUUAUCGGAAAGUAUAAUUGAACGAUUACGUCAUAAAAAAAUAUUAACCGUAAUCGAUUUUAUAAUCGAGGAUCAAGACAAAUUGAGAGCUGCAACGAAUCUUUCAUUUAAGGAAGUGAUCGACAUUAAGAAAACUCUAACAAACAAAUUUGGUGGCAUUAUAAAAAGACCUUCAACUUUGUGGAAAUUAGAACAGUUAAAUACUGUUCGCACUAGAAUAAGAAGUUUGGAUGAUUUAUUAGGCGGUGGUUUAAAUCCUGGUCAAAUAUAUGAAGUAUGUGGUUUAUCUUUUUCUGGAAAAACACAAUUAUGUUUAACAAUUGCAAGUAAUAUUGCAUUAUUUUCUAAUAGUCUUGUGAGGUAUAUUGAUACCAAAGGAGAUUUUUUUGCCUCCAGAGUAGAUAAUAUUUUGAGGUAUAGGACUAAAUCUAAAGAGGAAAUCAAUAAAGCGAUGGAGCAGAUAAAAAUUACAUUGGUACGAGAUUAUAAUAAAUUACUUGUUAUUCUUCAAUGUAUGAUAAAUAUUUUAAAACAAGAGAGUGAUAUACGUACAAGAGCUUUAAUCAUCGAUUCUCUGCCAGGAGUAAUUUUUAAAUCUUCUAAGGAACCAGAAAUGAAUUUUAUUUUAAAUCGUUUAUCAAAUUUAUGUCGAUUUAUAGCAAAUGAAUUUAAUAUACCUAUUAUUAUAGUUAAUUUAAUAACUUAUUGGACACAGCCGAAUGAUAAAAGCAGUGGAUCCUCAACAAAAGAAACACAAACAUUAAUAAAUCCUACAUUAGGAAAAUAUUGGCUGCAUAUACCGAAUACAAGAUUACUCAUUGAAAAACUAAAUGAUAAUUAUAGAAGAAUUUCUGUUUGGAAAAGUUUUCAAAUUAAAAUGGAUUCUAUAUGCAACGUUAAAUUAAACGACGCUGGUGUUACAUGAGUGAUAUAUAAUUUAUUGUAAGUAUAUUAAUUUCGUUCAAAGCAUGUGAAACUUCAAUGACAGAUAUGAAAAAAAUAAAAAUAUGUAACAGUGUUUCCAUCAUGAGUUUAUUGUUUAAUCAUAUCAGGCUAUUCUCUAUCUGAAAGAUAGAGCAUGUGUGAUUUCAGUGAUUGAUUGAUAGCAGUGAUUGAUACCAUAGGAAAAUAAUAUUUCCAUCAUGUACUAUAUAUGAGCUUGUAUAUAAUAUAUUCUUCUAACUAGGAGAGGCUCAGAAGUGUAAACCUCCGAUUUUUUUUCAAAUUUUGUAUAUUAGUAGUAGUCCAUGCAAAUCUAGUACAUUGUUUUUAAGCUGCUGAUGUGUGCGAUAAUCCAUUGAAAGUCUUAUGAUUUUUCCAGCUAGUACCGCUAGAUGACGACACAUAUUUUACUGGUCGGUAAAAUAAAGUAAUAGUUAUUACCGUUAGGUGGCGAUAAAUGUUUUACUAGUCGGUAAGAUGAAGUAAUAACUAGUACCGCUAGAUAGUGGUACAUAUUUUACAGUCGGUAAUAAAAUAACGAUUUUCUAAUAUAUUCUUUUUUAAAUGAUUAAAAUUGUGC